UGCUAGACGAGCUAGCAGACGACUCUGCGAUCGGAGACGGCAUCUGUUGCAAGACUCGCGGCGUGACAAGUUCGACGUGCUUCUGAGAUGUUGUGUAAUUUUGCCAAUCCGAUCUUCUGAGGCCAGCUUGAAUGGGAUCGCGUUAGUGCUGUGAAGCGAGGUACUGUCUGAACCUAUACCCAUGAGAUGGAAGUGCGACGCAAGGUCUGAAGUACUACUAACAUACAAAGGCCAGCAUAAAUCAGGAUGCGUAGCGAACCAACAUCAAAGUGUUCAAAGUGCCGCCACUAUUGUCGCACUGGAACGACGUCAUUGAUGUCUCACUUCGGAUUGUGCGGUUUAGUUGUUGGCUACUGCAUCAUGGGUGCCUUCUUGUUCGAGUUCUUAGAAGCUACUAAUGAAAGGAAUAAGCGUCAAGAAAUUAUGGGAUGGAGAUCUAAGCUCGCCGACUCGCUGUGGGAAGUGACAGCACGGUCCACGUUGCUGGAAGAGAGGAACUGGACUCGCGAAGCCAUUCUGAGAUUGCGGGGCUUUGAAGUCACCGUAGUUCAGGCCGUCAGGAAGGAAGGGUACGAUGGCAAGGAAGACGCGCAACUGCAGUGGUCUUUUUCGGGAGCGUUACUGUACUCAAUCAUCGUCAUAACCACAAUCGGAUACGGAAACAUAGCCCCCAAGACCCCUCAGGGGAAGAUAGUGACCAUCCUGUACGCCAUUGUCGGCAUUCCCCUCAUGUUGCUCUGCCUCUCCAAUAUUGGCGACGUGAUGGCACACAGCUUCAAGCUCACCUAUCGUUACAUAUGUUGCUCGCUGUGCCAUCGGCGUCGGCGCAACGGCAGCUUGCGUCGAACGGGAAGCAGUCGCCGGUACGCUCGACAUGCAGAUUAUCGCAUGGAUUUGCCGCAUCACCCUAGCGACCAACCGCCGCAUUACAGGGCUCACGCGGACGGCUGUGCGAGCAUGCCUAGGCGUCAAGCGUACGACCUCGACGCCACCAGCGUCCCGGUCAUCACCAACAAGUAUGCCCUGCGCGACUGCGAGGACGCCCUACCAGCUGCUCCCGAGUACAACAGACAACACCGCCGACCCCGAGGCCGGGGCCAGUCAUCGUGGCGGGGCGACGACAACUCGGACCUGGCGGACGACGAGUCUCGAGGUGCUGAUGACCGCGAAGGCGACUCCGACGACGGGGGCGACUCCGAAGAGGACGACGAGAUGUCCGUGCCGAUAUGGCUGUGCUGUGCAAUCGUUGCGGGCUACAUCUGCGGAGGUGCCUGGCUCUUCUAUCUGUGGGAAGGAUGGGGAUACCUGGACAGUGCCUAUUUCUGCUUCGUCACCCUGACUACGAUCGGGUUCGGUGAUCUGGUUCCGGGACAAGCACUCUCUGAAGACCAGCAGAUGACGCUGGCGGUCUGCGCGGUCUACCUUCUGUUCGGCAUGGCACUCUUGGCGAUGUCUUUCAACUUGGUCCAAGAAGAAGUGACAAAGUCAAUGAAAUGCGUCGGCCGGAGGUUGGGCAUCCUCUCAGACGACGACAACUGAGGUCGCGCCACUCCAGAUACUACCACCAGAUCCACGUGAUGCCACCGAAAUACGUGAGCUCGAGUUUGAGUUGUACCUCCGUCUGUGGGUGGAGCCAUAGACGGGAGCUCGAGCCACCGCGCCACCGGAACUUCUCCUGUCCUGGACCUCCUGGGGCUUCCUCACGAAGAUCGGCGGCAUAGGACCGCGCCUCUGAUGCUUGGAAGUCGUACUAGGGUAUCCUUAAUUCUCACGCGCGGAAGUGUGUUGUCCUUGGUAUCCGCGUUCGUGUGCCGUGCUCUCAACAUCUUCAUUGUUGGUGCACGUAAGCAGAUAAGCCCGGGAGAAUGGUUUGUCGAGAAGGAGAAAACACUUCCGCGAGUUCCAGAAGCCGAGAAAUGCUUCUGUAGGAGGGCCCGCGGACAUCUUGCUCAAAGGGAACACUGUACGAGCGCGAUGAGUAGAUGCCGUACGUGCUUCUUCGGUCAUACUGAAUAAAGCAUAUCAAUAAUAUA